AUGCAGUCAACAUAUGUUGCGCUGCUUCUCAGCAGCGCGUUUCUGUCUGCCGCCUUACGCCCCAGUUGUGCCCCCGGCGGCAACUUUGACUUCUCCCACUGGACGCUGCAGCUCCCCUCGGGCAAGCCCGGCCACCCCGACGAGAUCGGCGCCGGCCAGCUCGGCGACUGCCGCGGCUACUCCAACCCCCGAUACUUUUACACCGACUCCUCCGACGGCUCGCUGGUCAUGAAGGUGCCUGGCGACAUGAGCAACUCGGACUGCGUCAGCACGCCGCACAGCAAACACUGCCGCUGCGAGCUACGCGAGGCACAGCCUGUCAGCUGGGAUCCGCGCGCCGACACUAAUCGACUAUUCGGCGAGCUCAGGGUGAAUAGGAACGAUGGAGAGAUCUGUAUAGGCCAGAUUCACGUUGACGAUGCAGUGUCUCACAAGCCGGUUGCGGAGUUGUAUUAUAACGCGCAGGGCGACUUGAAGAUGGGCGUGCAGCUGUGCGCGCAGAAUAGCUGCACGCAGAAGAGGGUGGAUGUCGACCACGUGCCCAAGGGGGAUCGGUUCACGUACGAGAUUCGAUACGAGAGGAACGUGCUGUCGGUGAGCAUCAAUGGCAAGAGGUUUCAGAAAUUGGACACGCACAAGCUGAAUGGACCGAAGAGCUACUUCAAGGCUGGCAACUACAAUCAGAAGAGCGGUCCCACCGAGGUUCACUUCUACCAAAUCAAGGUCUCUCACUAA